GCUUGCCCAUCGCAAUGCUCAGUCCAUUCUAUAUGUCGAUGGCUGCAUGUAGCUGCAUGAUUGAUAUGUGACGUGCGUCAAUACAUGAUACGAAAGUAUAUAGUAAUUGUGAAAUAUAUUCUAAUUCGUCUCAUUUCUGCCAAUAUUUUGCUAAAUAUUCAUAUUAUAUUAUAAUCGACAAAACAAAAUGUUUAGUAAGAAAAAAGAAUCGAGACAGUCUAGGCCAGUUGGUAGUUUAGAACAGUAUGGCAUUUUUGAAGUACCUGACCUAAAUAUUGAUAACAUUGAUGAUAUGAAGGAUGAUGAUAAUGAUGAAAGUUUAGAAGCUGAAUUAGCUGCUUUAGCAGCUGGCAAUGAUACAGGUUAUAAAAGCAGACGCAGUGCUGCGCACAAAACUACCACUAAUGUAAAUUUGGAUGAAAUGGUAACUGAUUGCACGAAAGAUAUAAAUUCUGAUGAAGAACCUUCUGAAGGAGAUGAUGAUCCUGCAUUAAUGAAAGAGUUACAAAUGCUCGCUGGAAAUGAAACUGUGACAGAAACGUUAGAAAUUCCAGAGUUAAUGGAAGAGAAAGAACAAGCAGAGCAUGAUGAAUCUGAAUCUACUGGGAUUGAAGAAGAAAACAAUUCUACGCAAGAAUUAGUCAAAUUAUUGCAAGAGAGGUUACAAAUUUAUGAGAUAGCUGAAGGAAGAGCGAAAGAGAAAAAUGAGACUGGUAAAGCCCGAAGAUACAAUAGAGGUAUAAAAAUAUUAAAGGGAAUGUUAAUUUCCAUACAAUCGGGUGGUAAUAUUAAUGAGGCUGACAUUCCUCCAGCUUUGCCUCCUUCAGCUAUCGCCGAAUCAACCAUCAGAAGUAUAGACAAGACACCAUCACCAAUGGAAGUUACUGAAGCAGUUGCAUCAUCGAGCGUUCCAAAUGUUGAUGAUAAUCCUUGUGAAUCAGCGACAAAUGUCUCAGUCGAUCAAGAAGCAUUGGAUAAGUUAAAAGAGCGACAACAAAAAUAUAAGACUGCAGCAGUUGCUUGGAAGAGAGCAAACAACAAAGAGCAAGCGUUAGAAUACGUGAAAACUGUAAAACAAUUUGAUAUAGUUAUUGCUGCAGUUGCUGCAGGGGAAAGGCUUGAUUUAUCAGAUAUGCCACCGACUCCAAUUUUACCUUCUCCAAAUGGUAGUACAAUACUGGCUGCAAAAAAAGAGAAUGAAAUUCAGCAGCAAGCUUCAGUUGAUCCAGCAAAAUGUGGUCCUGAGAAUAUUGAAGGUGCUCUUAAGGAGCGUCUCGAGAUAUACAGGAGAACAAAAGUAACUGCCGAGGAUGAGGGUAACAUAUCUAAAGCACGGAGAUACGGUAGAAUUUGCAAACAAUUUGAGGAUGCUAUUAAUUUAUACAUGCAAGGAAAGACAGUGCCGUUGGAUGAACUUCCUGUUCCGCCUGGUUUUCCACCGUUAAUUUCGAAUUCGCAAAAUAACGAUAUCGUCGCGCAACCUAUACCUGAAUCAUCUGAAAACGAUACACAAAAACCUGCACAAUCGAAAGCACCUGUUCCUCCUCCUAGAACAGGACAAAAACAGAAUCAGAGGAUCACAUCGCGUGCGGAAAAGCAAAUGAUGCAAUUGCAGCUACGACAACGCGAAUUAAAACAAGCCGCUCUGAAUGCAAAGAAAGAUGGAGACAUGGAUUUGGCACGUGAUUAUCUAAGACAAGCAAAAGGGAUACAACCUUUAAUUGAAGCUAGCAAAGCUGGCUUGCCUGUCGAUAUGACUUCGAUUCCAUUAUCGCCUCUUGAAAAAGUAGAACUUAGUAUAUCGCAGAAGGAUGAAAAUUUUGUACUAGUGUCUUCCGAAGAUUUCCUAGAAGGCAUGAAUGGGACAGACGAACAAAUUUAUGAAAAUCUUGAAACUCAAUUAAUUAAACAAAUUAAGUGGUGUUUAUCUACACGAGAUCACUCAAAAGCAUUAGGAGAUGUUUCUGGGUAUAAUAGAUGGGAACGGCUCGCAUUGAGUUACACGCGAGAUUUGGAUAUGCUGAGAGUUCGGAAACGUGAUUCAUUGCCACCACCGCAACAUCAUUACGAAAUGAAAACUUAUCAAAUAGUACAGAGUUGCACAGAUCUAAGUGAUAGCGACAUAGAAAUUUCUAUAAUUAGAGGAAUUAAUUAUUCUCGAGAAGCAGAUACAUAUGUAAUAUGUGAAUUUCCAUUUCCAUCGGAUAAUCAUCCUAUAGAAAGGACGUCGACGAUCAAAGAUUCUGCUAAUCCCGAAUACCAAGCUGUAUUCUUACUGAACGGUAUUAUAAAUCGCACCUCCAGGCAGUGUCAGAGAGCAUUCAAACGGCAUGCAUUAAAGUGUGAAAUUUGGGCGAAAGGAUGCUCGCUGAAUCCUAUCCUGUGUUGCACUCAUCCCAGGGGUUUUUUUCGAAGUGAUAGCCUACUUGGCACAGUAAUGGUCAAAUUACAACCUUUGGAAUCUCAAUGCACUCUACACGAUUCCUUUCCACUUAUGGACGGCAGAAAGACAAUUGGAGGAAAGCUGGAGUUAAAAGUCCGUCUCAGAAAUCCGAUUCUUUUUAAACAAAUUGAAAGUAUAACGGAUAAGUGGUUGAUUAUUGAUCAGUAAUUCAAUUUCCUACAAAAAUUUACAUUUAAAUUUAUAUUUGCUGUUGGUUGUAUUAUGAAGUAUUUGUAAACAGCACAGAAUAUAAAAUAUUUUUUAGUUAUAUA